AUGGCCGAACCUACCUCAACCCCGCGUAUCAACGCCCAAUAUCUCGACUCGUAUGUCGGCCGCAAUGUCACCAUAGUCGGCAAAGUCACCCAGCUCCGAGGCGAGUCUGCUAUCCUUGACGCCGAUGGGCCCAUUACUGCCAUGCUUAAUCGCGACUCUCAUCUGAGCAACGGAAAUGCCGCCCAGAUUAUUGGCAAGGUGAACCCAGAUCUGUCGAUUAAGGUCCUGACCUCGAAGGAUUUGGGUACUGGUGUCGACCUCAAGCUUGCCUCCGCUGUCGUUGAGGCGACUCACAACUUCAAACCUCUCUUCGUGUACGAAUCGACCAAUUGA